UAUUGCUGUGGCGAGACUCAAGUGAGCAAGUUGUGCGCGGAGAACCGCGAUGUGAUUCACACUGAUAUUUGACUGCAAUUUUACAACAUUCGGUGUUUAGAGCUUCGCUACCAGAGACCAAAAGUUUGAGUUAUACCGAUGAAUUUGCAAUCGUCAACGCCUGAACAGCCAGGUCUGCGCAGAACGCUAAACGAUAAGAUUAAGCAGCGAAAACUAAGUAUCAACAAUCGAGAGUUUCUCAUUGCCGCGGGUAGUGGUGAUUUGGACGGAGUGAAGGCACUAAUCGAAGUUGGAGUGGACGUUAACUUCCAAGACAUUGAUGGCAAUGCAGCUCUUCAUUAUGCGGUUGAGUAUAGUGAUUGCAAAGAAACAGUCACUUAUCUGCUUGAGCAAGCAGCGGAUGUUAGCAUUGAGAACGAAAAUAAUGACACUCCGCUCGAUAUUGCAGCAAAGUACGGGAAGCACCAUGCUUCUGCAGAACUUGGGGAAACUGUACUAGCCACUUCCCGUGGAAUAUUGGAAAAAUGUGAACCCCUGAAAAUUAACGCAACGAUCGGAUAUACAGACAGCAGAUCUACGCAAGCAACAUUCGAAGAUGAAUUGUCGAAAACAAACAAGAAAAUGAACCGCCUCUCUCAGCUUUUGAAGGAAUUAAAAGAAACAGACGAUAAACACAUAUCAUUCCAGCAAGCCAAUAUCUUUGUGUUGUUUGUGGAAACAUUUGCAUUCCAUAAUAUUGAGAGAACUCUGAAAAAUCUCCUCGAGGAGGAGUUUUUGAACACUGAUUCUAACAAAGAUGCAUUUGUCGAUACGCGGAAGCUAAUGCUGAAAAAGAAAGGUUGUAUUACAUUACGUGACAUUGAAACAAUCAUCAGAAAAUGUUGCAGUACCGAACCAGAAUGCAGUAUGGACCAGUUUUUUAAGAACCUGAAGCUGAUUAUAGAUGAAAGACUUCAAAAUCCUAUGCUGAAGUUACAAACAAUUCUGACGAAGUUUCCAGAUAACGCUGCCAAAGGACUUAUUGGGAAAAGUGAAACGACAAUGGACUCAUAUGAUAGACUGAAAAAUUUAGUGUUUGCUGCUUACAGAAAGAAGGAAAACCUGGAUCAAUCCUGGUUCGAAUUUGUGGCUAACAUUUACCCUGCGUUGGGUUUGGAAAAUAAACAUGCACAUGAUAUGAAUGAUAUGGAAAAACAGCUGAGGCAUUUGAGGAACAAUUUGGUUCAUCAAUUUUAUCAAUUUGGAAUUGAAGAGUUCAGAGCGGCCAUCAUCGACAUUAGAGGAAAACUGUUCGAGUAUUAUUAUGCCAAGAAAACAAACGAAACACUUGCCUCGGUGACAGUUACAACGGAUGUGGAGAAUUUGCAGCGUAUGCUCAAUGAAAACGUCGACCAACUGAGAAACGAAUUUACGGACAAGUUAGAAGAUAUUUUAACCGAGGAAGAAGCAAGAAAAAUGUAUGGAUAUAAAUUAAGUAGAUCCUUGUUCGAGAAACGAUCGGCGAGCGUUCACGAGAAUACUAUUCGAGAACAGGUGGUGAGUUAUUUAAAAUAUGUGGCCAUUGUCGAGGACAUGAAUUCACCUGCCGAAUGCGAGGACAAUGAAGAUGGCACAUCCACCGAAAAUGUAGAACUGUUUGACAGUAUUAAGAAAAGAGAAAUGUUUGAAGGAUUCACGAGACUGAAGAAGAUUCAUGAUAAUUUUGCACGUGAUGUUUAUGUUGAUGAAAAGUCAGAAUUAUUUGACCGCCUUGCAGGUUAUGGGGUUUCAAGGGCAAAGCUUUAUGCAGUCUCUGAACUCUUCAUAGAAGAAGACACUGUCUUGCACAAGACAUUAACCCAGCAUGUUGAGAAUGUAGUGAGAUUCAUGCUUACUCUGGAAGAAAUUGUAACCAUAGAAAAUGAGUACAAACAGACAGAUAUCAAUACUCUGUUUGAUCUUUUGCUAAACCAGAACAAUACUGACAAGAAAUUAAUUUUCAAGGACGCACGAGAUGAUCUAGAGAGCCAAGCAACAUACAUCAACAGAAUUAAACGCAUCUUUCAACAACUCAAAUCACUCGGAAAAAUAGAUUUUCAAUUGAAGGAUAUUAAACUUCAAAUAGAUCUCAAACGAAUGACCCAAAACAUGCUGGCGGUUUUCUACAAUGCAUUCCAUGAGUACACCGUCGAAUUCAACAUAGAAGAUAUUUUUAGUAGGGAAAGCUUCUUGAACGAAAUAGUGUGGCAAAAUACGAUGCAGAAAGCGGCGAUAACAGACUUUCAAGUGUUCACGGUAAUUCAGAAAAUGAUUAAAAUAGAUUAUCUAGCACCCUUAAUAGUGAAGAUAAUUGAAAAUCGAACAAAGUACGACAAAGAAGUGGUUGACAAAGAAAGCAGCCUGAUGCUAAUGGAUGUCCUCCUGGGCAAGAAAAAACAUAUAAAUUAUCUCAAUAUAUUACUAAGUUCAAUAGGUGAAAAACUUAACCUCUAUCAAAGCCUCUGUGAUAAAUUACUUAAAAAAGAAUUAGACUUGCAAGAUGUGCGUGAGUUGUUCACAGAACUGGAACAUAUUUUGAAAAUCGACAAUAUGUUGACAUCUGCUAAUAAAUACAACCAGCAACCGGUCGAAUACACUUUGACAUUAACGAACAAUUCUUUGAAGAUUAUUAAUGAAGAAGCUGUAAAACGUAUACAGCGGAACUUUGCGACUGAACAGUCACGAAACGAAGCCUUGCAUGAAGCUCUCCAAAUACUGCAAGUUGGACAAAGAAUUCAAAACUGGUUCGACGAAGCAGAUGAUUACAAAGAAUGCCAUUCUCAGAUUGUGUACAAUAAUAUAUUAAUCGCUAGAAUUCAAAAUCGUCUUCGAAACCACCAAGAAGCAUUGAGUAUUUUAGAAUCGGAACAGCUCCAAUGUUUAUGCACACAUCAAGAAACAUUAUUGAUUCAGGCCGAUAUCGUGCACACGAGAUGUAAAAAACUGAAACUCACACCGGACGGUUACGAUCAGUUGUACAACAAUGUUCUUAGAUAUGUGCUCGCCUUGGAUGACCAAAUCUGUCCAUUAAACAUCGCCUCCAAUGACUCUGAACUACACAGUCAAGUUGAAUCAUUCGAUAUUGCGCUUACUGUCAAGGAAAAAUAUGAUCAGGUAAAGAACACCGAUAUUUACGAAAAUCUUCUAGCAUCCUCGAAGUUGCUUCACUCCAAGAAAUACCUUGACAUUCUAAGAAUCGCUGCUGAUGCGGCCCAACAACUCCAAUUUUCCAACCAACAUCAGAAAGCGCUGAACAUUUAUAAGAAUGUCUACACAUGCUACAAGAACGACCUCGGCAGAGCAAACAAAUUUACCAUACGGUUGAUGCUGUUCAUAGCGAAAUCGUACUCCAGUAUUGGUGAACAAUACAAACAAGAUAAAAAAUACACCGACGCAUUGAUGUAUUUUCUUGCUGCACUCCUGCGGUAUAACAUUGUUCAUGAUGCUCGCGAAAGAAUAUAUGGUUACGAAUACGUAGCUGUCUGCCAUAUAAGAUUGAUUAUUGCCAAAAUACUGGGCAAUAUUGCAUUUGUUUAUAAUAAUAUAGGCUCCAUUGGAAAUGCCAAAGCACUGACUAUAUACAAAAUCCUUGUGAACUUUCAGGAAAACAUAGGUGGGAAAGAGGAUGCUAUUGACUUUACUAAGAUAAACGUCAUGUAUACAUAUAACAUGCUAGCCAGGCAAGAUGAAAUGGAAAAGAAACAUGAGGCAGUAUCGGAUAAAUGUAUAGAGGUUAUCAAAAUAUUCGGGACAAUUCGGGAAACAUCCACAUACUAUGAAAACGCUCGUAAGCAAUGGCGAUUCGCGGUAGAUCGAAUGUCUAGAAUUCGAAGCAUUUAAAAUACUUUUUUUUUUCAAAUAAAUAAAACAAAAUAAAAUAUGUGUGUAACACGUAAAAAGUUUCAUGUGCAAAGCAAGAAAGUACAGAACUUUAAAUUGAAAUAAAACAAAAACAGAUAAAUGGUGUUAUGGACUGUUCGAAAGAUAAUUUUGA